CUUUCGUUAUUUUGCUGUUGCUUACAAAUGUGAAUACUAAAGUACAAGCAGCCAAGUUUAUUCGCAAUGAACAAUCAAAAACCUGUUUACAAUACGCAAGCAAUUCAACCCAAAGUUGCACAUCUAUAACUCUCACAAGCUGUCCUGUUGAUCGAUUUGGAAAAAUUUCUGAUUUAAUAAAAUGGAAUCUUAUUUCAACAGAUCCAUCUCGACCAUUAUCAAAUUCAACUGAAAUUUCAAUUGGAUCUUUAGAUAACAAGUUGUGCCUUACCACACAAUCUAAUUCUGCUGUGCAAGCUUGUCCUUGUGAUAAUGGAGUUACCCAAAAAUGGAAAUUGAAUAGUGAUGAUACUUUCACAAGCAGCUCAAAUAAUGGAAAGUGUUUAACAAUGUUAGGUGAUAAUCUAGGCCUAGAUACUUGUCAAAAUAACUCUACACCUAUGUCAUGGAAAACUUAUAAUGUUGCUCCCAAUGCUGUUAACAUUUAUAUUAAUCCAUUAUUUAGUGGAAAUGCUACUCAAUUAGUUGUAGAUCAAUAUACAUCAAAAACUCUCCCAACAAGCAUUUUCCAAUCACCAUUUUCACUUGAGAUUCCACCAGGUUUUCUAUUUGAGAUUGAUUCAGGAGAAAGCGAUCCCAUAAUUUAUGAUUCUGAUAUUGCUCAAGCUAAUCCUAUAAAAUUAUUAACUUCCACAAUAAUUGUCAAGUUAAAGUCUGGAAUGGUUAUUUAUGAACAACCUGCAUAUUUUGGUAAUAGUGAGUUUUUUGAAUCUGGUGCUUCAGAAUCAACUACUCAAACAAAAGCUAUCAUGAUUGGUUCGGUUUUGGUACCCGAUGGUUUUCGUGGUGUUAUAUGGCAAUCCUCUAAUUUCUCUGGUACGAAUCUUGGUUUAUUUGAACCUGUUGCCAAUUUUACCGGUGUAUCCGUUGCUACUAAUCAAGCACCAGCUGGCAGUUUCGAUGUUUCUUCAGCAUCAUGUGCAAAAGAAUGUGGUUCAGGUGGUUUUUGUAAUGAGAAAAAAACAUGUACUUGUAAGAAUGGUUUCACUGGUGAAAGAUGUGAUCAAUGUUUACCUGGUUUUUUUGGUCCAAAUUGUCAAGAUGGUUUAUUUGGUUCAGGAACUUGCAAAUGUAAGGAUGGAUUCACUGGUGAAAAAUGUGAUCAAUGUUUGCCAGGAUUUUUCGGUGUGAAUUGUCAAGCAUGUAAUUGUGGAAAUGGAGUUUGUGAUGAUAAAGGUGUCUGUUCAUGUAAUGCUGGAUGGACCAAUGAUCCAAAUGAUCCCAAGAAACAAUGCUCAACUUGUGAUACUGGUUUUUUUGCUUCAGGAGUAGAUUGCAAAGUUUGUUCAUCAGGUUGUAAUUCGUGUGAAGCACAAACUGGUAAAUGUACAGUAUGUAAACCAUCACUUGCUUUGAGUGCCGAUGAUCCAACAAAAUGUGUUCCUCAAGCAAGUAGUUGCACAGUCGGUCAAUAUUUUGACUCAGCAUCACAACUAUGUCAAUCAUGUAAUACCCAAUGUCAAACUUGUUAUGGUCCUGGUCCCGGAGAGUGUUUAAAAUGUCUAUCACCUUUAAAUUAUUUUAAUGGUGGAUGUUUUCCACAAAAACCUACUAAUGAUGGUAAAUGUCAGUUAAAUGUUGCUACGCAGCAAAUAUUUUUCAUUGACAAUUCGCAAAAUGCAUGUGAAGGUUAUACUCCACAAAGUCCAAAGGAUAGUGUGACUUGUUCCAAAUGCAUACCAGGCUUUGUUUUAGACAAUGGUAAAUGUGUUAAAACUUGCUCUUCUAACAAAUUUGCCGACAGUGAUAUGACAUGUAAAGAUUGUAAUUCCGCAUGCAAGACAUGUAGUGGGCCCCUUGAAAAUCAAUGCUUAUCAUGUUCAAAUUCAAAUCUUUUUGCUAUGAAUGGAUUAUGUUCAUCGACACCAUGCCCAUCGUCUUUUGUGUCUUUAAAUACUACUUGUACAAAAUGUCACUCUGAUUGUGCAGAAUGUUCAGGACCUGGUAUCAAUCAGUGUACAAAAUGUCCAUCAAACAGACCAGUGUUAACCAAAGAUGGCCAAUGUAUAGAAGUUUGUCCAAUGGGAACAUAUCUUGAUAGUACUGGCAAAUGUCAACGAUGUAAUGCAAAAUGUUCAUCAUGUGUUGGUCCAAAAGCUAACCAGUGCCUUGGUUGUUCAAAUCAGUCAAAUGUAUUGAUUGGUGGUUCUUGUAAUGGGUCAUGUCCUUCUGGUACCAAAUUAAUAAAAAGUGAAAGACUAUGCCAGAGUGAAGCAAAUGAUCAAGUAGUGCCACCUCAGCCAGCUACCAAUAAUAGUGAUAAUGAUGUAGCGCAAGAAAAGAAGGGACUAGAAUGGUGGCACAUUUUAAUAAUAGUUCUUUCAGCAAUAAUAUUCUUGAUUGGAACAGUGCUGUUGAUCAGAUAUUUGGCCGUUAAGAAAAGGAAAAAACAAACUGAUGAAUUCAGGGAUGCAUUGGAUGAAAAUCAUGUAAAAAAACAAGUGAAAAAUUUAUAUGAGAUUGCACCCAGGUUGUCAAAGAAGAAAAAAACCAAGGAUAAUAGAAGCUCCCAAUUAACUGACCUUGAACCAGCAUACUCAUCAAAUCCAAAAGAAGUUAAACAGGUUGAUGUUGAUGUUGAUGGAAAUAUAAGAAAAUAUAACGCAACAACUUCUCAAUUUUUUAACGCUACUCUACCACCAUACGAUCUAAAAGAUGGUGAAAGAUAUUGGAAAAAUAAUGAAUAUAAUUUAAAACGAGCACCGACAGCAACUGUCAAAUUGAUAGAAAAGAUUCAAAUUGGGGAGAUAAUUGGUUAUGAUAAUGAUUAA